GCCAAUGAGAACGGGUAAAGCCUGUAAACUACAGAAGACGGCCAAGGAAGUGACGUCGAUGUGGCGCCUGGUCUAAGAAACACCGAGAGGACCUAAGAGAGCCGCUCGUUCGCUUGUACGAGGAAUAGGAAGCGAAGAUGUCGGAACGGAAAGUUUUAAAUAAAUACUACCCACCUGACUUUGACCCGUCGAAGAUCCCGAAACUCAAGCUCCCCAAGGACCGGCAGUAUGUGGUGCGGCUGAUGGCCCCCUUCAACAUGAGGUGUAAGACGUGCGGAGAGUACAUCUACAAAGGGAAGAAGUUCAAUGCACGCAAGGAAACAGUCCAGAAUGAGGCGUACCUGGGCCUGCCCAUCUUCCGGUUCUACAUCAAGUGCACACGAUGCUUGGCCGAGAUCACCUUCAAGACAGACCCAGAGAACACGGACUACACCAUGGAGCACGGGGCCACGCGCAACUUCCAGGCUGAGAAGCUUUUGGAGGAGGAGGAGAAGCGGGUGCAGAAGGAGCGAGAGGACGAGGAGUUGAACAACCCCAUGAAGGUCCUAGAGAACCGCACAAAGGACUCGAAGCUGGAGAUGGAGGUGCUGGAGAACCUGCAGGAGCUGAAGGACCUGAACCAGCGGCAGGCGCACGUGGACUUCGAGGCUAUGCUACUGCAGCACCACCUGUCGCAGGAGCAGCAGCGACAGCAGCAGGAAGAGGAAGACGAGCGCGAGACAGCGGCCUUGCUGGAGGAGGCUCGACACCGCAGGCUUCUAGAGGAUUCCGACUCAGAGGACGAGGCUCCACCUUCCCGAUCAUGGGCAGCUGUAAGCCCCAACCCCACGGCCAUCCUCCACGAGGUACCAAAGGCCAAGAGGAAGGCAGCGGUCCUGGGCAGCAGGGCACACCUAGCCAGCUUGAUUGUGCCGAAGAAGGCGAAGACAGCAGCCAACGGGGGCUCAGAGCAAGUCCAGGUGCCAGCCUCGGGUGCCCCCGAGAACAGGAAGGCAGCUGACCCUACACCCCAGACGCCUGGUGCCUCCUCCCUGAGCCAGCUGGGUGCAUAUGGGGACAGCGAGGACAGUGACAGCUGAGCCCCAUGGUGGCAUCAUAGACCCAAGAAGCCAGAGGAGGAGAUGGGAUCAAGCCACACGCUGUCAGCAAAGGCCCUGGACCAUGGCUGCCUUUCAUGUGGAGAAGCAAGGUCCCUUCAGCAUG